CACAUGCACACACACACACACACGAGAGCGAGAGAACCCAGAGGAGAUCGCACCCAUCAGACGGAGAACUUUGGAAAAGCAAAGCGAAGGGACGGAAAGAAGGACUUUUAGCUGGGCGACAUGAACGUUCCAUACAUGACACAACUUGCACUUUUUUGUUUGUUUUGCUGCGGAUGCUGGCAAUCCACAGACGCUAGUCGUUUCCAGAGAUUGGAAGAUGGACUUCUGUUCAGAACGGUUCGAGAAGACGAACCCGCUCAACUAUCGUGGCGAGACGACAGCGAGCAGCAGCAGCAGCAGCAAGCGCAGAAUCUUUUCAAAAGGUUCCUGUUUCAUUAUUCAAAAGCAAGGACCUCUGCUGAUUCGGAGGAGAACCUGUCCGACUCUGUUCACCCUCUGAUGCGACUUUCACCCAAAUUGUCUCAGCGGAGGAAGAAGACGGUGGUGCUUCUGGUAAGACAAAAUGUCGACUUAGCAAUUUGUGUUACAAACUAACCUUGUCUCUCUCUUGCUUUUGCCUUACGCAGAAUAUUUGAGAGCGGUCGCCGCGACAUUACGCUCGACAAACAAAGCUCAAAAAAACGGGAGCGGUCAUCUGCGGAUGUCAGAGUGCGGACGCGGUGUUCCGGGUGAAAUGACAGCACGCUUGAUGCUUGUGAACGUGACUCAGACGUGUUGCACAUUAAAUACUCGCACUAUGACUGACUUUGGCUUUUAUUUCAACGCAAAGGCUUCCAUGAUUGUUUCCCUGGUAGAGAGACGUUGGCUCAUUUCAAAUUAAAGGUUUCCAUGGUGACAAGUUUAACAACCUGCCAAUGUAUUUUCUUUAAUUACAAUUUAAUUUAAUUAGUUUUUGACACUAUUGAAA